AUGAGCGCCUCCGAUGAGUCUUUCGCCUUGAACGAGGCCCAGUCACGCCAAACACAGGAGUUCGAGAUCGAGCAGCUAGCACUGCCAUCGGCCGAUGGAGGCAAAGCUGCCUGGUUGAUGCUGGCAUCAUGUUGUCUCAUCCAACUGCCAGUCUGGGGCUUUUCCACUGUCUUCGGUAUCUUCCAAGAGUACUACACCACCCACAGUGUUCUCCAAGGGAACAAGGGGAGUCUUGCAACUGUUGGAACUACGUCAAGUGGCAUUCUCUAUCUUAUGUCACCGGUGACCUUCACCUUGCUGACCCGGUAUCCAUACCUGCAAACCUACUGUGCUCCAGUCGGUCUGGUCAUCACAGUGAGCGGGUCGAUUCUUUCUUCCUUCUCGAAGCAAGUAUGGCAUCUCAUCGCCACCCAGGGCGUGAUGUGCGCUAUCGGCAAUGGGCUCCUUUGGAGCCCGAGUUCGCUGUAUCUUGAUCAGUGGUUUGUGCGCAAGAAGGGUCUUGCAUUGGGCGUGAUGUGGGCUGCAAAAAGCAUCACCGGAGUUGCUCUGCCUUUUGUGGCAAAUGCUUCCCUGUCCCAUUUUGGUUCGAGUGCGACCUUGCGGGCUUGGGCUGUUAUCACGUUCAUAUCAACGGUUCUAUCUUUGCCGUUCAUGAAACCCCGGGUUCCAGUGUCGCCCUUCUCCUCGCCUCGACGCUUGGACCUUAGCUUCCUACGACUGGCUACCUUCUGGAUGCUGCAGGCCGGCAACAUUAUUCAAAGCUUUGGAUAUUUCCUCCCUUCGACAUAUCUCCCCUCUUAUUCGACCACGACAGUCGGCUUGCCAGAAACGAUGGGCACGAUGCUUGUCUCACUAUUCAACGCAACUUCCGUCUUCGGCGGCAUCGCACUGGGAAUGCUCUGUGAUCGCUUCGAAGUCACCAAUAUCCUCCUACUCUCCUCAAUAGGAUCUGCAUUAUCCGUGUUCCUCUUCUGGGGCAUGGCUGGCAAUGAAUCGUCUCAUGCUGGCAUUGCUCUACUUACUCUCUUCUCUAUCAGUUAUGGCUUCUUCGCAGGUGGGUUCAGCUCCACCUGGUCGGGAGUGAUCACUCAGAUCAAACAUGACUCCUCUCCAUCCCUAGAAACUGGUUUGGUAUUCGGCCUGCUUGCUGGUGGUCGAGGUAUUGGAAAUGUCGUGAGUGGGCCGUUGAGUACAUUGCUGCUCCGCCAGGGAUCCGUGAGUGACCCGCAUGGCUCGGAUGGUGCGACGGGAUAUGCUACCCAGCGCAACUUCUGGCCGAACUCCCAAUCCUACUGCAGCUUCUCUCAGGGCGCUGCUCCCUUCAUCACCAUCAUGUCGGCAGCCGACCCAGCACUCCAAGACCCCCUCCUCUCACUCCGGCGCGCCAUCGCCUCCGGCAACCUCCCGACGCCGACGACCUCGUCUGAGCUCACCGACGAAAAUGCGACAGACGACCUAGCUCAUGCGACACAUCUCUACUUCGCACAGCCAAUUCCUCAGGCACUCCCGCUGGGAACAACAACACGAUUUGUCUCCGAUGCAACGAAAGAGGCUGUCGACCUGCGCAGUAUCUUCUUCGCGUGGCAGAAGAAGGAUGUCGCUAUUCCCGAAUACUUUGCCUCGGCGCAGGAGCUGAACGAAGCCCUCAAAUCAAAGGGAAGAGAGGAGCAGGUACAGAAUCUUGUUUUCCUCGAACGUCUCGACCUCAUUACCUGGCUCGAGGGCGCUUCGGAUGGAAGUGACCACAUCAAGCCUCUCGAGGGUGCUGCUGCUGCCGCCGAGGCGGCCGCCGCGGCCGCUGGUGCAGCUCAAGCUGAUGCGUCAGCUGGGAUUGCUUCCGGUGCGACGGGCGGCAUUUCACAGGUGCCCAGUGGUCCGGUUGGCGCUGUAUCGGGCGGUGCUCCGGGUGGUCGUGCGCAGAAGCCGAUUGAUCCUCGGCUGCAGGAGAUCUAUAAUGGAGAACGAAAGACCGGAGAUCGGAAUACGGUGCUGCGGGGAAUUAAGCCUACAGAUUUCUCUCACGUCCGCAAGAGCGCCGAGUUGUUCCUAGACCGCAACCGCAACCGCUCCGGCCAAGCAAGCGCCAAACCAGGCAGCAAGAGCUCAUCAAUGGUUCCAGCACCAUCAGCAGGACUCUCAAUGCCAUCGUCCCGCAAAUCCAACUCGCGUCCGGAUCCAAUCAUCCUCCUCUCCCCCUCCGCCUCCUCUCUCAUCCGCAUGUCGAACAUCAAGUCCUUCCUCCAAGACGGCAUCUUCGUGCCACCAGACCACCCCACCCUCAGCAUGUCCACCGAAGCCAAUUUUAUGGAACUCAAACGGCCACUGCGCAUCAAAGCCGACCCGUCCAACCCCAAUGCCGCAGCCAUUGGCUCGGCAACCGGUGGCCGCGGCCCCAAGCCAACCAAGUUCAUUCUCGUCGACGGCACAACCAACUUCAAGCCGGAGUACUGGUCCCGUCUCGUGGCUGUUUUCACGACCGGCCAAACAUGGCAGUUCAAAUCGUACAAGUGGUCGUCUCCGCCCGAGCUCUUCAAGCAUGCAACAGGUAUCUAUGUCGGCUGGCGCGGCGAGGAAGUGCCAGCGCAGGUAAAGGGAUGGGGCCGUGGUGUGGAGAGCUUUGCCGUUGAGCGCUGGGACGAGAAGGGUGGUAUCCAUGGAGGCGGACGGUGGAGGGACCGGGAGAUUGUGGAGGGUAUUUGGACUGCCAUUGAGGAGGGCAUGAGGCUGAGGGGUUGGGGAUCCAAAUAG